AGAGUUUUUUCUUUAAAUGAUUUAUCAGACCAGAGUCCAUUGGGCCAUGAUUUGUUACAAGCCCACAAAAAACAGAAAACAAAAUUUUUGUUUCUGAUUCGCGAGAGCCGAGGUUCUUUGUUUCUUUUCCCGACAUCAACUGAAUCUGUUUCAGUGUUUGAUUUACAAAGUGAAAAAGAAAAUGCUGAAGUCAAUUCUAGGUUGCUGCAAAGUAUAUAUAUCAGAGAGCAGAAACAAGAGUGCAUUGGAAUCAAUUGAAAGAGCUGCGAAGCGUUUUCCCUUAGCACCAAUAAUUAACAAGUUUGAAGAUGUGGCUUACAAUAGAGUUGGUUACACACUUGUUUCUGAGUUGGAUUCAGUGCCUAAUGCACAGUCAUGUCAUUUGACAAAUGCUGUGUUGGCUAUGGUGAAGGCUGCAUUUGAUACUGUUGAUUUUGAGAUUCAUAGUGGAACUCAUCCUAGACUCGGAGUGGUGGAUCAUAUAUGUUUUCAUCCUUUGGUUGAUGCUUCGUUGGGUCAAGCGGCUAGGACGGCGAGGUGUUUAGCUACUGACAUGGGUUCUAAGCUACAAGUUCCUACUUUCUUAUACGGAGCGGCACACGAAGAGGGGAUGAAACUUGAUUCAAUAAGAAGAACAUUUGGUUAUUUCAAGCCAAAUUCUAGCGAAAACCAAUGGACUGGGGUGUCCAACUCCGACACUUUGCCACUUAAACCAUAUAGUGGUCCAUUUCAAGUGACACCGUCAAAAGGCGUUGUGGUCAUUGGAGCAACCAAUUGGGUCGAUAACUAUAACGUCCCUCUAUUAUCUUCUGAUAUCAGUGCCGUUCGCAGAAUUGCAAAACGAGUUAGUGGAAGAGGUGGAGGGCUCGCUUCGGUACAGGCCAUGGCACUUACACAUGGUGAAGGUGUAAUUGAAGUAGCUUGUAAUUUGUUGGAUCCAAAGAACGUUGGUGGUGAAAAAGUGCAGCAAGAAAUUGAACAUCUUGCAAAGGAAGAAGGUAUUUCUGUGGAAAAGGGAUACUACACAGACUUUUCACAGGAAGAAAUUGUUCAAAGUUACUUGAAGCUGUUUCAAGAGAGAAUUUGAUGUAGAAAAAUUACUGUCAUGUACUGAGAAGGUAUUUUGGCAUCUGGUGAAUUUUCAUUCCAAUGUCAAAUUUACCUUAAUUUUAAAAAUGAUUUAAUUUAUAUAUGCUAAUAAUAUAAAAAAGUUUUAUACAUGUAUCAA